CUACUUUAUGUUCCUCUACCUAUGCCUAUAAAUUCGCAAUAAAACUUCAGGAGAGAUACGUACACUGCAAAUCUAGUUCUUAUUUCUAAAACACUCUUUUCGUUGCCUUGAGCUCUGAAGAUAUGGCAGAACUUCUGCUCACUUUUGCUGCCGAGGGAAUACUGACCAAGGUGACUUCUCUUGCUGCUCAAGAAUUCAGUCUCGUAUUCGAUUUUAAAGAAGAUCUAGCACAGCUGCGUGAUUUGUUCCUCAAGAUUCAAGCUAUGCUAAGAGAUGUCGACCAUUCACAAGUUCGAGGGGAGGCCGUGGAAAUUUGGGUGAAGGAUCUUGAAGACAUAGCUCACAAAGCUGACGAUGUGUUGGAUGAAAUUACAUAUGAAGAUCUCCGACGCAAAGUAGAACUCCAAAACCAGCUGAAGAAAAAGGUGAAAAGUUUCUUCUCCCACUCCAAUCCCAUUGCAUUUCGCUUAGAAAUGGCACAUAAAAUCAAAAAAAUCAACACAUCUUUGGUGAAAUUAUUCAAUCAGGCAGCUGGCCCUAUUGGGCUAAUUGCUAGGACAUUAGCAGAUGCAACCUCUCAAGAUGUUGAAGUACUUGACAGGGAAACUGUCUCCAGCUUUGAUAGCGAUGAAAAGCUCAUCAUUGGAAGGGAAGAGGUCGUAUCAGAUAUAGUCAAAACCUUAAUCAAGUCGCACUAUAAUGAAGAAAAUUAUCUUCCAGUUUUGGCUAUUGUGGGAAUGCCAGGUCUGGGAAAGACAACUUUGGCUAAAUCAAUAUAUCAUGAAUCUAAGAUUGAUAGCCACUUCCAUGAAAAAAUAUGGGUGUGUGUAUCCACCCCUUUUAAAGUCAAGACAAUCUUAAGAGGGAUCUUGGAAUCUCUAAAACCAGAGAAAGCCGCAAUACAAAGUAAGGAUGCGAUUUGUAAAUUCAUCCGAGAAGAGCUGAAAGAGAAAAGAUACCUUCUCAUACUCGAUGACGUUUGGAGCGAAGAUCCUGAAAAAUGGAAAGAGUUGAAGAGUUGUUUGUUAACAGUUAAUGAUACUCAAGGAAGCAGCAUCAUUGUUACUACCCGUAGUGAUGAAGUUGCAGAAGUCAUGGAAACUCUUCCUAGAUGUGAUUUAAGAAAACUAUCAGAUGAUGAAUGUUGGCUCAUAGUGAAAGAUAAAGCCAUUCCAAUUGGGAGUCCUCCUAUGUCUGAAGAGCAGGAGACAACUGGUAGAGAGAUCGCUAAAAGAUGUGGAGGUUUACCACUAGUGUCAAAGGUGAUUGACGGUUUGAGUUGGCGGACGAUUGUGAAUCGUAUUUUGAGCUGUUAAGAAGACGCAGCGGGAUUAGAGCGGAUAAUCCUACAGGACUGGAGAAUUCAGGAAGGUGAUCGAACCGUGUAGAGUAGCUGCUUUGUAAUACUCUGAUUUUCAGUUGUGAGGUUUGUUAUGCUCAUUAGAGCUUUACAAUUUACUUUGUACGAGUGAGUUGUAAUAAUUAACUCGAGGUCUUCGAGUUUUGAAUUUGAGCGUGAGUGGCGAGGUUGUUUCUGAGAAAAAAAAAAUUCAGAACGUUUAUUUGUUUAAGUUGUUUAAUUCAUGUUUCGGAUUUGAAUUUGUUAUUCAAAAUUCGGGGCGUGACAAUAGAGGUGAAGAGAGUGGCUGGGACCUAGUGCGAUGGGUACAGAGGAAGGCGUGGAAUAUAAACCGUUGAUGAGUUUUGCUUGAUUUUGUGGUGGUGUGUGUUGUAGGGAUGUCUGGUGCUGU